CCUUUUGAGUUGAUAAGCUUUCUCAACCAUUACCCAUUUCAUUUCAUUUCUAUCGAUCUAGUCAACUCAAUUAGCUGGCCACCAGGGAAAAAAGUUCAAAAAAAAUCUUUAAUACUAAGCAAUGAAGAUGAAGGUGUUGAUGAUUCUUGGAUUUGGAUUAGUUUUCGUGAUGCUAUCGCAAAUCGAAGCGACAGAAUUGAAGAUCGGGCGAAAUAAGAACGCUUAUGCGACGAUGAUGUACAUGGGAACUCCGAGGGAUUACGAGUUUUACGUGGCCAUUCGUGUAAUGUUAAGAUCUUUAUCGAAACUUCGAGUUGAUGCUGAUCUUGUUGUUAUAGCCUCCGAUGAUGUUCCUUCACGUUGGGUUCAAAUUUUAGAAGAUGAAGAUGGGGCAAGAGUAGUGAAAGUGAAGAACUUGCACAAUCCAUAUAGGCAUCAAAAGAGGUUCAAAUUAACACUAAACAAACUCUAUGCAUGGAGUCUAGUGGACUACCAAAGGGUAGUCAUGCUAGAUGCCGACAAUCUCUUCCUCAAAAAAACUGACGAAUUAUUUCAAUGUGGUCAGUUUUGUGCUGCCUUCAUCAACCCUUGUAUCUUUCACACUGGUCUCUUUGUACUAGAGCCAUCUAUGGAUGUUUUCAACGAUAUGGUCCACGAGCUAAAGAUCGAAAAAUCGAACCCCGAUGGAGCUGACCAAGGUUUUAUUGGAGGCUACUUCCCUGACUUGCUUGAUAAACCUAUGUUCCAUCCACCACUUAAUGGUGCCAAACUUAAUGGAACAUAUAGACUUCCUUUGGGAUACCAAAUGGAUGCUUCAUACUAUUAUCUACAAUUGAGAUGGAACGUACCUUGUGGACCAAACAGUGUGAUAACCUUCCCUAGUGCUCCGUGGUUGAAACCAUGGUAUUGGUGGUCUUGGCCGGUCUUGCCUUUAGGUUUGGAUUGGCACCAAACCCGUAGUUUAACUAUCGGGUAUGGCUUUGAGAUGAUUGUUGUUGUAAUUCAAAUUGUCGUUUAUCUCGGAAUCAUUAUGAUCACACGCAUGACACGUCCCAACUUAUCGAAGUUAUGCUAUAGACAGUCGGAGAAGAACAUUUCCUUGAUCCAAAUGGGCUUAAGGUUAAUAGCUCUUUGGUCAAUUCUAGCUGCCUACACUAUUCCUUUCUUGGUCAUUCCAUACACGGUUCAUCCUAUCAUGGGAUGGACACUCUACUUGCUUGGAGCUUUCACACUUUCAUCGGUAGCAAUUAACGCGUUUCUACUUCCGUGGUUGCCUGUUUUGAUGCCAUGGUUUGGAAUUUUAGGCGUGCUUUUCGUGAUGGCAUGUCCAUGGUACAGUAAUGGAAUUGUGAGGGCUUUGUUUGUGUUUGCAUAUGGAGUUUGUUGUGCUCCGGCUGUUUGGAUUUCAUUUGUUAAGUUGGCGUCUUGUCUUCAUGUUUCGCUCGAAAGGGAAGCUUUGCCAUCUUCUGAAUCCAACAAGUUGUUCUAGGACAUGUAGAUUCUAAUCAUUCUAUUCAUGAAAUUGAUGCUUUUUGGAGCAUUGCAUAGAUUAUUUGAACAAAGGCAUAGAGGAUUAAUUAGUUGUUAUACUCCCCCACUGUAUAAUCAUUCAU